UUUGGCACAGCCUGUGCUCUAACAACCUGUGUGACCAGGCAGUGGCUGUGAAACUUGUAACGAUAUUGUCCUGUUUGUGUCCUAACCACACAAACUUUUGAUAUUCUAUCGUUCUUUAUAGAAAACAAAGGGUGACAUAUUAAUUUACAGGUGCAACGGUACAACGUUCAACAUCACCUGUGUGAAAUCCAAUUUCAAUGCAGCUGCAAUGUUUGUGGAAUGGAUGACAGUGCAUCUAACACCCUGAGGAGCCUAUUGGGAAAGAUGGAGCCACCCCCCAUGUCCUCAGCUGAGGCCUAUCCUACUUUCUUGUACAAGAUAUCCCCUGUCCUCUCUGUUCAGCAGUCCCCUUCUAUGGUUCAAUCAUCGCCCUCAUCAAAACAGACAAUCACUAGUAUCAUGUCCUCAAACAUGUCCUCAAACAUCACUAGUGCUAGCAACUCUCUAGCCCUGGAGGAGAUGGGAUUAAGAAGGACAAGAACUGUGAUCCCACACUCGGUCAAAGUUCAAAUAGCAAAAGUAGCUAAUCAGAUUCCUAGAAUGACACAGGGUGAGAUUGCCCAGAUGUUUGGGAUUGACAGAACCACUGUAUCAAAGAUCUUAAAGAGAAGAAGAGAAUAUUUAGGUCCUGAUUCUGAGUCACCACCGAGAGCAAAGUACAAUUGCUUAUCCAGUGGUCAGGAUCCCAAUGAAGCUUCACCAGGUAAAAGAGUGCCCAACAUUUUGGUUGCAUCAAAAUCUAGAACGCAGAGAGAGGCAGCAAAUCCAGUCAGUUCAACAGGUUUAGGUGGAAACAAAAUUCCAAAACAGCAGACCCCAGUGACAGCAACAAAACCUGCAGAAGAGAAGGAAGAGAUGGUGAUGGAGAUUAAAGAAGAGGUGACAGAAAUCGAGGACUCUGAGGCGCUGUCACGGGAGAUCAAUAACUUAGAUAAAUUCCGAGACCAGCAAAAAAUGAUUGAAGAAGCCAACAAGCAGCGGAAAGCUUUACUCUCCAAAACACUGACAGAGAGACAAAGGAAAGCAAGGGAGGAGGCCCAGAAGUUGUCUCACAUACAGAAAGAGCUGCAGUUACUAGACAACCGACUGUCAGCAGACGUUACUCUCAUCAGGAGUCGAAUAGAAUCAGCCAGCAAAGACUUCCUAGAAGCUCAGAGGAGAUAUGACAGAGCUGAGCGAGAAUUCAUUGAAGCAAAGAUGGAUUUACAGAAGAAAUCAGAUCUGAAGGAGCAACUGACUGAGCAUCUUUACACCAUCAUUCACCAAAAUGAACUACGCAAAGCAGAAAAACUCUCUCAUCUCAUGAAUGAACUAGAAAUGGAGAAUGAAGGGAACGGGGUAAAGCUUUCCUCUUUGCCUCCACUAAGUGCAUUUAAUGCAGUCGGCCUGACGACUCUGCCAAAGACAUCCACAAAUGACCAGUGUCAAUCUGGACCUUCUUCAUCCAAAAAUGACAAUCAGAAAUCCACAGAAUUGAGCAAAAGUGAAAAAAUGAACAAGAAUUCUGCAUCUUUGGCUUCGUCUGAGGAAACCAUAGACAAAUCUGUGUGCCAUAUCAUUACAGACUCACAAAGUGUUGACAACAGAGGAGGUGUUCAGGAAUCGUUAAGAGAGGGAAAGAGGCAAGAGGAAGCUACUGGUGGGGGCUCAAAGGUUGGUGUACCACAGGGAAAAGCACAGACUGCAUCUGAUCUUGGAGGUUCCUUAGAACGAGAGAAAUCCGUGCCAUCCUCAUGGACUCUAGAUGUUAUAGUUAAACAAGAACCAGAAGAAAGUGUCUAGAGAUAAGUUUAAGUGGGCUUUAUCAUAUCAUGACAUAUCCAGCAAUAUUCAGAGAAUAAGAUUAUUUUGAACCGAAAUUUAUUGUUUUGUACAUAUGAAAUAUUAUGUACUUGAGAGAAGUAAAAAUAAACUUCUGUUUUUGAG